ACAUUUCCCAAGAUUCCCCGGGAAACAGAUUCUUUGGCUGGGUGUGGCAUCUGGCCAGGUAGCAGCAGCAGCAGCAGGUGUACGGGAUGGACUCCCACGCUGCGGAAGGAAAUCCGGAUUAAGGGAAAGGGGCCCCGAGUCCCUGGAGCUGAUGUUUGGCUCUUCCUAGCAAGCAGCUUCCCUGCACCCCCUGUGAAAGGAGGACUGUGCUGGUGGGCAUGGCAUCCCACUCUGGGGAACACCCCCCACCCAAACCAGCUCCGGCCAAACCCCUCACAGACCUGGACUUCCGCUCUGGAGCACGGAUCGAGGAGCUCAACCAACUCAUCCAAGAAUACGAAGCCAGGAACCCAAGCGUCCGGGACCUCUCAAAACUGCACCAGGCAAAAGAUGCCAUUUUCUCCCUGCUGGGUCAGGUCCAGAAAUCUGACGGGAAGCUUCCCCUGGUCAACCGAUACCUGAUUCUCUCUGGUGGCGCCCAGCAGGGCACGGUCAGCCUGGACCCAGGGACCCUGCGCCCCCUUUCCCUCGGAGGCGACUACGACGUGGACUUCACCCUCCUGGUGCCCAUUCUGGAUGCCGCCGGAGUCCCCGUCACCUUGGACAUGAAGCAGAGCCUCCCGGGGCACACCCACUUCAGCCUGCGGCCCUUCGAUGCUGAGACGGUCCACCGCUGGGCAGACUGCUGCUCGGGCGACGAGGCCUUCCUGUCCGCCCAGCUGGUCUCCGACUGGUUUUUCCGCUGCGUGGCCACCGCAGCCAAAGACGUGAGGGUGGAGCACCGCGGCUCCGUCGCUUCGGUGGUGGUCUCCGCCGGACCCUACCGAGUCCUCUACGACAUUGUCCCGGUGGUGGCCCUGAAGGGCUGGCCGGAGGUCGGAGAGCCGUGGCUGGGUCAGGCUCACUUCUGGGAUGGCAAACUGAAGGACGAGGAAGUGGCCAGUGGCUUCUACCUCGCGCCUUCCCUCUCCGGGGCCGACUGGCGCCUGGCGUUCUCGGCUAGCGAGCUUCACCUCAGGAAGAUCCUCCCCCUCCCUCUGGUCCAUGCUUUCCAAGCAGCCAUGGCAGUCCUCUGCGCUGGCCUCUCCGGGGGCCUGGGGCCUUACCACCUCUUCACCUUGGCGCUGUGGUCCUGCGAACGGCUGCCUGCCAGCUACCUCGGCCGGGAGGAGAACGCUGCCCACGCUCUGCUGGGUCUUCUGGACGACCUCUCCGCCAGCUUGGCCCACAGGCACCUGCCCAACUACUUCCUGCCCCAGUGGAACAUUCUGGAAGGCCUUUCCCAGCGAGCCAUGGCACACCUGGCCCAGGAGGUGGCCAGGGUGAGAGCCGACCCUUCCAGGCACCUCCGCCGUGCCGUGGAAGGGGCCAAAGAAGCCAAGAGAUUAGCCAAGGCCUUCCGGAACCAGAGUCCAGCCCCCACGGUCUCUCAAACCCUUUGAAGGAAUGGAUUUUGGUGAGCAGCAGAUGUGGGCAGACCUACCUCCGGUUCUUCAUGCAACUGGCACGGGGAAAGCGGUACGGUUCCAGGAAUCUCUUCUCAGUGCCUUUCGCAGAAGUACAAUUGAAUGGCUGGAACUCGGAUUCUUGAAAUCUUUCUCCGCUUCCUCAAAUUUAUGGAUCCCGGCAGCUGGUAGGAGGAAGAUCCUGAACCGGUUCCUGUGUUUUCUCAUGAGGCAGGGAGCUCUAAUGGAUUAGGAGAAAUAGGGCUGAGAAGUGAGUGUUGGGGGUGGGGGAAAGAGAUCGGAAGAGCUGUGACCCAGGAGUCAGAAAGCCAAGAUUCCUGGGUGUUCUCCCCACAACCUUAAAUUAAAUAUGUGUAGAAACUUCUGGAUGUGCCUUAGGUCUGUGCUUUCAGUCUGUUGUCCUCUGAUAGAGAGUCUGGCCAAAGAAGUAACCCAAAAGUCCAUGUGGCACCUAUGAGGUUGUCCAAAGCAGAGCCUCUCUUCACCCUAGCAACAGUCUGGCAUUUUUAGGGAGAGGUCCAGCCUUUGGGUGGGGUGCCCCAACCUCUACCAAAGCAAUGAGGAAUUACCUUGAACAACCAAAGUCCAGGUUUUUGGGGUUAGGCUGCUAUAAAGCCUCAGGGGGAAGAAUGAAUAUUAGGAAUCCCUAACCUUAGGUCCCCAGAUGUUGUUGGACAACAACUCCCAUUAUCCCCAGCCACAGUGGUGGGAAACAGUCCAGUAACAUCUGGGGACCAAAAGUGGGGAACCCCUAUAUUAGGGUAUCGCUGCAAUAGUUACACUUUAUGAGCCAAAGAUAGCCUUGCUCCAAACUGUGACUUGCUACAUCGGCAGUGAAACGUGGGUUUAUGGUUCUUCCUUGAAAUGACUUUUGGUGUCAGCUCUAAAAAAGAAAACGCAAACAAAACAAGUCAGGUCUAUUUUUGUGCAAUGGGAUUUGCGGGGAAAGUGUUCUGUAGACUCUGGGAUGCAGUGUGUUUCCUUCGAAGUGGCAACCUUGGUCUGUAAGGCCUCUGUGAAUAAAGAUUGACAUGCAAAGCAA